CACACCAUUUUUCUUGUGAAAUUUUGGAGGAGAACACACACACACACAAUGGGAGAAGUUGUGGGUGAUUUUGAAGGAGAUUUGAAGGAGUUGAGAGAUACUUUCAAUAGUGGGAAGACAAGAGAAGCAUCAUGGAGAAGGUCACAACUUCAUGGGAUAAUCUCUCUCCUCAAAGAGAGAGAAAGUGACAUCUUCAAGGCUCUCAAACAAGAUUUGGGGAAACAUCAUGUUGAAGCAUAUAGAGAUGAGAUUGGAACAGUGGCCAAGUCUGCAAAUUAUGCACUUGGAAAUUUAAAUAAAUGGAUGGGCAGCAAAAGGGUUAAAGUGCCACUAGCUGCAUUCCCUAGCAGAGGGAAGUUGGUUCCUGAGCCGCUUGGUGUUGUUCUCAUCAUAUCCUCUUGGAACUUCCCAUUUGGAUUAUCAUUGGAACCGAUUAUCGGGGCUAUAGCAGCUGGAAAUGCAGUACUCCUAAAGCCAUCAGAGAUAGCUCCAACAUGUUCCUCAGUUCUUGCUGAAACCAUCUAUUAUUACCUUGAUAACUCCGCCAUUAAGGUUGUGGAAGGUGGAUCAUCCGUCGGGGAAAAACUUCUUCGACUUAAAUUUGACAAAAUUUUAUACACAGGGGGACCAAGAGUGGGCCAAAUUGUUAUGGCAGCAGCUGCAAAAAAUCUAACUCCCGUGACUUUGGAGCUGGGCGGAAAAUGCCCUGCUGUGGUUGAUUGCAUGUCUAGUUCCUGGGACCAAAAGAUUGCAAUUAAACGAAUUAUUUGGGGUAAAUUCGGAGCUUGUGCUGGACAAGUCUGUAUUGGAAUCGAUUAUAUUCUCACGCAAAAGAAAUUUGCACCAACUUUGGUGGAGUUCUUGAAAAAACAUAUCAAGAAAUCUUUCGGAGACAAUCCGAUGGGAUCCAACAACAUUGCUAAGAUAGUAAAUAAGAAACACUUUUCAAGGUUGAAGGACCUUUUGAACGAACCCAAUGUGAAAAAUUCGAUCGUUUACGGUGGUUCGUUGAAUGAAGAAAACCUAUUCAUCGAACCAACAAUAUUGCUUGAUCCUCCACUUGAUGCCACAAUCAUGACAGAAGAAAUUUUUGGCCCCUUGCUUCCGAUUAUUACUUUAGAGGCGAUUGAAGAUAGUAUCCAGUUUAUAAGGUCAAGGCCAAAACCACUUGCUAUUUAUGGCUUCACAAAUAACGAAAAACUCCAGAAAAGGAUGAUGUGUGAAACAUCAUCGGGAAGCAUUACAUUCAAUGAUGCCAUCAUUCAAUAUGCAAUUGACACAAUGCCAUUCGGAGGAGUUGGCGGAAGUGGGUUUGGAAGGUACCAUGGAAAAUAUUCGUUUGAAGACUUCAGUCAUCAGAAGGCGGUGUUAGUGAGGGGAUAUCUUAUUGAUUUCGGGUUUAGAUAUCCUCCCUGGAACGAUAAGAAAUUACAACUCCUGAAAUCUGGUCUACGUUAUAAUUAUUUAACGCUUGUUCUUAUAAAAUUAGGUCUGAAGAGCAAGGCUUGAUAAUUGUUAAAUAUCCAAAACUAUCGGUUUCAUAUUUGAAUAAUUGUUUAAAUACUGUUAAUUUUGUUUUAUGUGUAUAAUUAUUG